AUGUUUUUGCCCGCCCAUCAUGCCACCGACGAGGCUUUGGGGAAACGAGAACUCUCCAACCAGGCCAGGACCUUUGUUGUUGUUGGAGUUGCUACCGGAGGCAUCUUCACUAUACUCAUAAUCACUUAUUUCCUCACCAUCAAGUAUCGCGCACCGUCCGCCCGCAAAGCCCAACAAGCACAAAAAGACAAGUUACCCUCGCUGUUCUCGUGGAAGAACUUCCGCAAGCGCCCGCGCCGAAAUGGAUACUCGACCAGUUUGCAGGAUACCGAGUACCGCGGAAGCACCAGUAGAGCAAGCGGUGAGAUGAGCGGCGCAGCAACAGGAGAUCCCGAGAGGAAUAUUGGCAGUACCAACACGAAUGGCGUUGACCGCAAUACCUCAAUUCGCAGUGUUAUGACACUCCCCGCAUACUCUUCUGCCGCGAGGGAAAAUGAGAGGGUGCUGGCACGAGAGGGCGAACGGGCAGGCAUGGACAACGUCAUUGAACUCCCAGAAACACAAGAUGAAGAAGAAAUGCAACGAGAGCAGGAGAUGGAGUCUCUGUACCAAAUCCGAUUGGCACGGCGAGUCGAAGCAGCGGAACGAGAAGCACGCCGACAAGCGCGGAGAGAGGCACGAGCACGAGGCGACGUCCAGGCACUUGCAGACAUUCGACGAAGAGCAGAAGAGGCAGCAGAUCUCUCUGUAUCACAAAUGCUCAUUGCCGAGCAUCAAGCCAGAACACGAAGCCGUGAGCAACGGGUCUCGUCUGUAGCCUAUGGUGAUCUCGGUGUUGCAAGGCACGAUGGCACUCGUCUACGCGCAAACUCUUCAGAGAGCGACCAUCGCCCCCUACUUGACUCGGCAGCCUCCUUUGCUAGUGGAGGCGGUCGGUCUCGUGGCUACACCAACGAUACCCACCAACGCGGCCUCUCCGUAACCUCCCUCGCUCAAUCUGUCGAGUCCCACGCAUCUGACGACUACGACUUUGCCGAUGCUUCCCGUACUAGCUCGCACUCACAUUCGAAUGGCAAUAGUGAAGGCUUCGAGGUGAUCUCUCUAAACCCAGAAACAAGUCGCAGCGGAAGCAGCGCACCGUCGCCACAUGUAGACAUUCCAGCAGAAGAAGCCCCUGCAUACGAAGACCCACCAAACUACGAAAGCCCGAUCAAUACCAGAGCCCCGCAAUUACCGGCUCUGAAUCUGGACCUGGAACGGCUGCCCAGCAUACAGAUUACAACAGAGCCAACCCCGGUGGAUGGGCGAGCGCCGUCCCCACUGCGAUGA